GGUUGUUUGUUCCUGCGAAAGCAAAGCGCUAGUGACAAGCGCGCGUCUCAUGUGCAUUAUGGCGCUUUCCUUGCUCGUGAUACUGUGAGGAAGCACCAGACAUUUCUCUAUCUUUGUAUGACGCUGUCACUCUUUAAGAGAAGCAUACUGGGUGGCUUGUCAUUGUGUAGAAUGGACAGAAUAGCAGGCUUACAUGAAGCUAAUGGCAUCAUGAGGAAUACAGUAGAACGCCUGGGACCUGUCACGACACCAGAAGGACAGACCAAUGAGCUAAUAUAUGUUCCACCUUCCCAAAGCAUAGGAAAGGCUCCUCCACCAGUUCUUGUAUUUUUUGGCGGUGAUGUUCAGGACUACCCUGAGGUUAUGACAGCCCAUCGAGACCAUGGGCAUUAUGUGAAAUGGAGUCUCACCAAUAGUGCAUCCCUUUUGGCUGAAAAGUUUCCAUCACAUCAUGUGUUUAUUGUCAAACCAAGUAGAAUGGAGAGAAAAACCUUCAGCUGUUAUGAUAACUUUGUGGAAAGCAAUAGUGUAGGUGCUCCAUCUCACAACCCGGGGGUGAUGGCCACAAAGCACCUUGCAGGUCUUAUAACAGAGGGUCUAAAGAAAGUUGCAUCCAUGAAUGAGGAGAAGCUUUUGUCUUCUCAUCACCAUUACCAAGAAUCAUGUUCAGGAGAAUUGGAAAGUUGCAAAGAUGAUGUCAAUCCACAAAGUAUGGAUGAAACUGCAGUGAAACCGGCAUCAGAAAGUGAGGAGCCUCUCCAAGUUGACAAGGCAGAAAGUGCAUGUGAUUCAGAUACAAAUGCUGAUGCUCUUGAAUAUGAAGAAAUAACAUUGAUUGGCUUUAGCAAAGGUUGUGUUGUGCUGAACCAGUUGAUUAUAGAAUUUCACCUUCUGUCUGUCGUUGAAGAUAUGGCUGCUGGUAGUAUCAAGGAUUUUACGAGUAAGAUACGUAAUAUGUACUGGCUUGAUGGCGGCCAUGCAGGUGGCAGUAAAACGUGGAUCACGGAUCAUGCUGUACUGAAAGAUAUUGCAUCUCUUCCAAAUCUUGGUAUCCAUAUACAUGUGUCUCCAUAUCAGGUCCAAGAUGAUCAGCGUCCGUGGAUCAGAAAGGAGUGCAAAGCAUUUUACAAUGUCUUGCGGCGUAAUGGUGCAAAUAUUAGUUAUACAUUACAUUGUGAGCAUGAGCUGCCAUCACUUUUUUCUCACUUCAAGGUACUUGAUUUAUUCUCUUAAAAAUAUGUCAUACAUAGCCAAUCAUACUUUUCAUUAUGGAGUGAUGGUUGUUUCAGCAUUACAUUUAUUUAACAUUAAACUCAUAUUGUUUUAUUAUUUCUAAUUAUGUAAAGGUUAAUACUUUACUGUGAAAUGUUUAUAUUUUAUAGAUUUUGGUUUUAAUGCGACUGCUUUUUGUGUUGCUUUGUUAUAACAUCUCUGGUUUUCUGUUGACAAUCAGAAAGUCUAUUUUAGAUUUGCACAGUGGUGAAAUGAUGUCCAUUUUAUAUCAUGGAAAUCUGUUCAAAA